AAUUUGUGACCUUGAAUUAGCAGCUGUCAACUUAACCAACAAGCGAGUGAAGAGUUAAAAGCGAGCUAGUCGUAAAAAUGGAAUGAUCAGUUUUGUAUUAGUUUUCCAAGAUUUUCACGAUGAGGAACGUUAAUCCUCAUCUCUUGGAAGACAAGAUGGACGAGGCGGUGACGCACUACAUCACCCACCAGCCCAGUGAAUCCGUUCAUGUAGACGCAAACUCACUGGCGCUGAACAUACAAGAGGAUGAAGGCAGCAGAGUUGUGACAGUCAUGCCACAGAAUUUCAGUCAGCAAAUGUGCCGACAAGUAUCAGUGGGAGAGCACGUGGAAGGGUGGGGCGAAGAAAUGCUUGACCCAGACGGCCGGCUAGCAGCCAUUGUGGCGCAGCUCGCUAAGACUGGAGCCCCGCAUUACCACCCACCACAUAAGCUAACCUCAGUGAGGGGUGAUGUGGAGUCCUCAGUUUUGCUAGAUGGCCAAUUGAGGCUUUUCAACGCGCAAACUUUGGAGCAGCACGGUGACUCCAUAGUUGUUCAAAUGCCAUCGCUACCGCCUUUACCACCGCUACAGGAGAUGAAACGGUGCUCGGACUCUGACUGGUUCAACAAAUCCAAGAACAUCAUGAAAACGAACAGCGUGUUAGACACCGAAGUCCAAGUCCUGGAGCUGCCGGACGCGUCACCGGGCCAGAACCGGCAGCCCAGCAAGAAGAGUCUGCCGCACAAGAAGCGGAUCUCCCGGAAACUGAAGCGGAACACUGGCAACACCACCCCGCAGCAGGACAUAGUCGUAAUCAGCUGUAACGACGAAGUGCAACAAGAGGAAAUACUCCCCGACAACUAUGUGACUCAAGUACAGCACCAAACACAUCUCGCUGACGACACACACAAUAUCACGCACGAGGUUCGGCCGGUGCUAAUAUGCUGCAUAUGCGGCGAGUACUACGGCGAGGAACAACUGAAGUUCUACCAGCAUCUGAAGCAACACUACGAACCUCACGCCACCAUCAUCAUCGAGAACCCUGUGUCUGACCUAGGAAUAGAUAAGAUGACCAACACCUGCAUAGAGGACAAUGUGGCAAACCUACCAGACUCCAUAGUAGAACUAUCAUUAGAAAACACAGUCCCGAAAACUAUGUACCAAACGAUGGACAAACACAUCCUUUACACAUCAAGCGACAAGACGCUUCAAUACUCUAGUAAUAAAUUGCAAUAUUCAAUGGCGAGUAUGGAUAAAGAGCUGCCGAGUAACGAAGUGGAGAAAGCGGAUUUGUAUGAUUCUCUGGAUAAGUUGGAAAUGUAUAAUUGUAUGAAGUGCAAUAAGGGUUUUAGAAAACAGAAGCAGUGUGAGGCGCAUAUCAAGGAAGUACAUGGGAAGCUAGAGGACAUGGGCGAGUUCAGCGAGCCCGAGGACCUGAUGGAAGGGAUCCACGUCGCCGUCGACGGGGUGGAGCCGGCGGAGGGCGAGCCCUACGAACAGUCCCUACUUCCCCACCUCACCGUGGAGAACGGGACCGUUCACCAAGAGCACGUGAGGCAUUGGUACAUGCGCGGCAACCAGCCGACCGCGUGCGGGCCGGACGCGUACUGUCCGGUGUGUCCGCGGUCGGACCACCAGAACGACUCGCAGCUCAAAGAGGAAGUCUUCCAAAGAAUAUUCGACGUAGAAGUGCCGGCCGCUGAGAACUCCAACUUCGCCGACAACAUAAUACCCGACACCGAAAUACCGGAGGCCGGGAAACCGGAACACAAGCCCGACAAAGGGAAGAAGGGGAAGAGCUUCGAGUGCCCGCAGUGCGGGCGCGUGUUCCAGCACAGAAACAGCCUACUGUACCACGUGCUAUCACAUAAGGGGAAGCAACAUGUAUGCCGCGAAUGCAACAAGGGCUUCUACACAUCGGGCGCACUAAAGAUCCACAAGCGAGUGCACAACGGCGACCGGCCCUACAAGUGCGAAGAGUGCGACCGCGAGUUCCGGCAGUGGAGCGACCUCAAAUACCACAAGGUGUCGCUACACUCCAAUCAGAAACAUUUCAAAUGCGAGUUCUGCAGCAAAGAAUUCGCUCGCAAAUAUUCGCUGAGCGUCCACCGGCGAAUUCACACCGGCGAGCGCAACUAUAAGUGCGAGUAUUGCAACAAAAGCUUCCGCGCCUCCUCCUAUCGGCUCUCGCACAUGCGAACUCACACAGGCGACAAACCGUUUAAAUGCUCGACGUGCGGUAAGUGCUUCCGCGUGGCCGGCGACCUGCGGCGCCACGCGCUCACCCACGACAAGCUCACCCGCGACAAACACCCGCGCGUCAAGCACGAACCCGACAACUCACCCAAAAAAGAAAAGAAGGACAAAGAACACAAAAAAAAACCACCCGCCGCUGCAAGCACCACCAAACUACCCAUCCUAAAAAGCAUCCUAGACAAAAAAUCACCCAAAAGUAAAAAGAAAAUCGGCGCCCCCAACGUCACGGUCGAUCCCGACAAAGAACAGUUCAAAAUCAAUAACGAAUUCACGAACAACGUUGAGGUAUUCGACAGUAGAAAUUACAAGUUUAAAGAAAUAUACGUGGGCAAAGAGGAACAACUGAGGCAGUACGAGUUGGAAGAUAGGUUACCCGAUGAGAGGAAUUUUGCCGUGCUCAAACCGAUGUUCAGACCGAAUGAUUCUAUAGAACCGGAGAAAGUGUAUGGCAGGAGUGAGAAUACUGAUGGUAAAUUGGCCGUUUUCACGCAAGUAGAAAAAAAAGAAUAUGCAGGCUCGAUAGUCUCCAAUACACAGGUCACUUUGGCUGAUAUUAAUAGACAUUUAGAGAGAGAACCGAGAGAAGUCAGGAGCGAGAGUAUGAACGGCGAAGCGAUAGAAAAUGGUAUACUCGAGAGGUUGGCGGCUCUGUACAAUAUACCCGCGGUAUGAGAAAUGUGUCCUUCGAACAAAUUCAAUUGUACCAAUCUGUAUUCGUAUGAGCCUCCGAGAUCAAACAUGGAAUCUUAAACUAUGUUUCCGUCCGACAAGUAAACUAAAUGUAAAGUAGUCGAUAGCUAAAAUUGGCAGAAAAAAACGUUAAUUAUGAAGUCUCAGUAAUCAUCCAUACGUCGUCUUUAAAUGGGUUUUAGACAUUUAAAAACAGUUAGCGGAGUCUUUACUGCAAUCUUUUUCAGUGUAUUUGUAAUAACACAAAAUAAUAAGCAUAAUAGUCAUUUACAGUACAUAUUGUGCUACUUUACUGCACUUGUGCGAUAAUUAGCACAUUACGUAACUAUGUCGAAAAUUUAACGGGUCAUAUGUACUGUAAAACGUACGAUACAUUGUGCGAAUCGAGUGGCGAUAAAUUAAAACACGACCGAACGGAGUGUUUUAAAUCGACACGAGUUUCCUAUUUUUCGCGCUUGUGUCGUAAUGUAGUAUUAACUCUCCAACGGUAAUCAAUAUAUUAAGGGAAUACGCGAAAGGAGCAAUAAAAAUAGUUAUUUGACCGGAGGUUCAUUCAUUCGCUAAUAAACCAUUUAUAUUUCUACGGAAGGACUUAGUGAAUUUUUUAUUUUAUUAAAGCUUUUUAUUUACUAAAUUAUAUUAUAGAAAACGACCUGAUAUGUACCUAGUGUAUUUAAAUGUACAGUGUACAGCAUUCUACAUAAUUAUAAGUGUUGAUAAUGGUGACAUUUACUAAUAGUUAGUACUUUCUAAUUAAAGGGGCGCGUCUUAUUUAAGCGAAACAAAGUACCUUUCCGAAAAUGGUGUAUAUUAGUCUCUAAUUCUGUGAUCUUCUAGAGUCGAAUGUUAACUGAAAUGAAGAAUAAAGUCUGUUUUUCUAUUCCGUAGACUAAAAUGACAUUUCAUGUCUUGCUAUAGUUUGUCAAAGGACUGUCUUAUUUCAAACAUAGACAGAGAUAAUUAUACUAUCUUUGUCUUACACUAGUACUAGCACCCAAAAAAAAGGAUGAGUAUAGUUUUUUUUUGGUUCUUAUUUACUGACAAUUUGGUUUGACCAACUAUAGUUUUUUAAGUCUUAUAAAUAGUAAUGUGCUACAACCGGUACUAACCGAAAAUAAACUAUUGGGAGGUACUUAUAUUUGUUUAUGAAGACGAGAGAAAAUCCGAUCACUAUACGGGUAAAGUAACGAAUGUCGAAUACGUAAACUAAAAAUACCAAAAUGGCGUUGCGUCAGGUCGGCAAUAUGUCAAUGUCAUUUUUUUAACGUUUGAGUAGAUUAGUAGUGAGUAGAUUUCAUUUAUUGUUUAUUUUGAAUCUAUAAUUAAAUUAAUGUUUAUCGGUUAUUCACAGACCGAAAUCAAACAUAAGCCACUGUUUAUUUUAAACUGUUCACAUUAUUUCUACGUCUGACAUUUGUGGUUGUCACUUUAGUCUACGGAAUAAAAAAACAGGUUUUAGGUAACUGGACAGGUUUGUUUCUCAAAAUCGUUUACCAUUUUCCGGGACUAGUUCUUUGUCUAUAAUGGUGGUCACACACUAGGGGUCACUUGUACCAUUCACUUACCCGGAGUUAACCGGUUAAACCUAGAGUUACCAUGCAUACCAGUACAAUUUGACACUGGGUUAACGGUUUAACCAGUUAACCCCGGGUUAGUGGGAUGGUGCAAGUGGCGCUAGCUGUUAUAUCUUAUUUUAUAACCAGGCAUCGUAAACUGCGAGCGAAAUCCAUUGAAAUGACGUAUGACAACCAGUUACAACCAGUUACUUCAAUAGAUUUCGCUCGCAGUUUACGAUGCCUGUUUAUAACAUUUUGUUUUUGAUGAUAGUAUUGAUAGUGUUUUAUUAUGUUGUUCCAGUGACACAAUGUUAUAUAACGUUGUAUAACAGCCAAUGUGGGACCACCAUAACAUAACAUCACAUAACAUACUGUGGGAGUGGGACUGUAUAUAGCAUAAUAAAAUGACCAAAUUACUACUGAUCAAUUUGAAGUGUAAAAAUUAUGUAUCAAAAUGUGCUAAUACAUUAAAAGUAGGUAAUCCGCCGUUAAAAACCUUACUAUGCGAUUCACGACGGUUUUUUUGUGCCGUCCCUUUCAUUUCGUUUCGUUCACAUAAUGGGGUAAGAGAUAGCGCUAAAUUGAAUCGUAACUUGUUUAUUACUAAAAUGAUGGCAGAUUUGCGAGAAAAAAAAAUUGGUUCUUUUUUCAAACGUAAAUAUUUUUUACAUCAGUUUUGUCAUAUAGAUCUAUCGUAAUUUCUCUUAUAUUAUUGUGUAAAAAUGACUGAUAGCUGUAUAAAUUAGUUAAUAAAUUAAAAAGCAUUUUUUUUAAAUAAUAUUUAAAUGUUCGCCGCAGCUCUAGUUACUAGGUACCUACCUACUGUAGGUAACUAAUAUGAAAAUUCUAGAAAAAUACCUUUAAUAUGAAAGGCUGCAAAACCAAUCAAGGUUAAUUUUAUAUUAAGCAGAAACAUGUAGUCUGGCUUAUGAAAGAUGAACCUGCAAAAACGCGGCAAUUUAAACAAAUCUGUAGCUUUGAUUGCAUAAUCGUGAUACUUUUUAUCAUUUCUACGUUCUUUUCAGUACUUAAUUUUUUUUCCGGACACGCUUACAGGACAAAUUUUCAAAUUGCCGCGGUUUACAGGUCCAUUUUUCAUUAGCCAGACUAUAAAGAUACUGAUACUUAGAAAUAAAGGAAAAAUGGAAAAAUUCCGCAUAGGGCGAAACUGGAACACCACCAGCACCAGCUCCACCAGCUGAGCUACCGAUACCAACGACCUAUACAACGGUGGCUAAAAAAUAAGUGCAUUCCCGAUCGCAUUUUCUAUGGGAGGGUAAAUUUUUUUUUUCACGAUUUCGUGGUUGGUCCUACAGUAAAAGUUGCUCAGUAUAAUCCCAAAACCACCCUGGCAACGGGAAUGCACUUAUUUUUUUAACCACCUUGUAUAACAUGAAUACAUUCUAAGGAAAAAACGUGCCUCGGAAAUGAAAAAUUGAUUCUCUGAUAGAUGGCGCCUACACCUUUGGCCUAUUCUCGGCUGGGUGGCGUUAAAGGUUUCGUUUGUUAUUUAAAAAUUUUAACACGUAUCAGUAAAAGAACAUGGGUCAAAAUAAUAUAAACAUAAUAAAUACAAAUGAAAAAAAUCAUUAAUCCAUAGGUAUAUACAUUUUAUGAUAUUUCUAUACAUUUUUAUUUUUAGUUAUUAUUUUAAUCGAUAGGCAUUAAAUUUACUAUAACUACAAAAUUUGCUAUGACAGUAACCCUCUAUCCUAUAUAUUCUCUUUUCCGAUACUUGCUCGUUGACAGCUGCAGCGUAGUGUUGAGCUUAUCAGUAGCGUGCAGGGGCCCAUUUCUCGAACGGUAUUAGUCUAAUAUUAUUAGUGUGUUGUCAUGACAACUCAUACGAUUUGACAGUUUUUGGACUAACCCCCUUAUUCAUAAAACUUUACGGGCCUGAUUUAGUUAAAUUAUGUUAUAUCCCUUUCUUACAAAUACAUAAGUCAAAAUGACAGAUAAAGACAAACGAUUCAUACCUAAUUCAGGCCAGUAACGCGUUUAUGAAUAACCCCAAAAUAAUAUUAGUCUAAUACCGUUCGAGAUGGGCCCCUGGUAUCCCUAAGUCGACCGAAACAGGAUUUAUUUCCACUUUUCCUUUGUUUCAAAGCAUUCUCACAAUUCGUAAAAUUACUGUUGAAGACCGUACAAAUGAUGGCAUUAAACUAGUUUAAUACCUAGUACUAGCCUAGAGUACUAGAUAGGAGAAUAUUUUUUUUUGUAGAAGGUUAUUAUUAAAUGCCCAGGGUGUGAAUCAUUUAUGUACAUUACCUACUAAAACUUUAAAACUGUAUUAUACUAUUGUACAUUUUUGUAAUUUAAAUUUAAUAUUAGUUACAAAAAGAAUAAACAGGAUUUAUAUUA